CCGUCCUGGCUAGACGCCCAGGAUGGUCAUUUCGAACUUAAGGGUGACACACCAAUUUCGAACCUGAAGACCUAUCUCAAGCGCCACGAUGAUAUUGUCUUCGUCCCUUUCAAAGAUUAUGACGAAGGUACAAAACUUUCGGCGGCCACUGAAUUAGCUGAAGACGAUUUUUUGCCACAGCCACAACCCUCGAAAGAAGCGGUGAUGCUGACCUCGCCGCGAAUGGUUUCUGCUAUGGAAAAGUUCUUGAGUGCUAUUUCAGGUUUCAAGGAGUCGUUUCCCGAGUUUGAUCCAACCAAGGAAAUUCAUGAGCCAUAUCUGUUCUGGUUUUUCUUUCGAACUAAUAUGGAAGAAGCACUGGGAUCAUUGUCUACGGAGGAAAGGGGGAUGGUUAAACUUUUCCAGGAUUGGGUUGAGGGCUCAUACGGGGAAGAGUGGGACUAUGUGAAUUCUGAGUUUGAGAAGGGUAUGGUAUGUCCGAUAUCAGUAAAGUACCUGAUUCGUCCUGGCGACGUCCUGUCACGCAAAGACACGCUACAAGGCCGGGCAAAACUCUUAACUCAUGGGCUUCAACUGAACGAACAAUGCACGGAGACAUCGGAGGCUCCUGCAGAGAAGGCUCCUAAAGAAGAUUAUCUAUGGACCAUCGAAUCAUGGUCUUGGUCAUUUGAUGGCGAGUUUAAAAAGGCAGCGAAGGUUCUUGAUCUCAAAAUUACUGCUCCCACAGAGAGGAACAUGAUCCCCAUCACUUCUUUGGAGGUUUUCCCCCUCAAAUACGACGACACAGGUCUGAAAGCUCGACUCAAGAAAAGGGGCGAGAUAUUUUGGAAAUGUCGAGAAAGAUAUUUAGUUUCAUGUGUUGAUCAUUAUGAAGACGAGAUGAGUGUGGAAAGAGACAGAUAUAUGGUUGAUGUGGCUACCUACUUUCAAUAUAGGAAGAAAAAGCGUGAGAAAAGUCAAUUUGAAGGUCCACAGAACCCCGAAAACGAUGCAGAAGACAUAGCCUUGACAUCGCGUUUUCGCGCAACGAAGCGGGGUGAUAUGCUCGAAUCGACACUAAAACUAGAAAAAUUCCCGGAUACCUUGGAGCUGCUCGUAUUCCCGAGAUCGGUCGUGUCGUAUGAUCUCAGACGUAAGCGUUGGAUUGAUCUCCAAGUGGACCAUAUUCGAGACGUAGUUUGGAAUACACAAGCGUUUGAAAGUCUAGCAAUCGACGAUGAUGCCAAAGAGCUACUUGAAGCCGUAGUUACGAACCAAAUCGUAUCAUCCAAAGGCACGGAUAUUAUCGCCGACAAAGGCAAUGGCCUUAUCAUCUUGUUACACGGCGGCCCGGGCACAGGAAAAACGUUUACAGCAAAGAGUAUGGCGGAUUUUUCAAAGAAACCUCUGUACCGUGUCACAUGUGGUGAUAUUGGAACAAACCCAGAGCAAGUCGAGACUUACCUCGAGUCCGUCCUUCAUCUGGGUCUUACAUGGGACUGUGUAGUCCUGUUGGAUGAAGCCGAUGUUUUCUUAGAAGAGCGAGGACAAUCCGAUUUAGUACGAAAUGCCUUGGUAUCAGUGUUCCUACGCGUUCUGGAGUACUAUCAGGGCAUUCUGGUACUCACUUCCAAUCGGGUGGGCACUUUCGACGAAGCUUUCAAAUCACGAAUCCAGUUGACUCUACAUUACGACAAGCUCAACACCGCGCAGCGUCGCAAAAUUUGGCGGAACUUCAUCCAACGGCUCAAGACUCUGGGUGAUAACAAUGUCGAGUUUGAUGACAUACACGAUCAUAUCGAUGAUUUGGUCACGCGGGAGAUGAACGGGCGACAGAUUCGCAACGUCAUCACGACUGCACGUCAGUUGGCACAGUAUCGCGGCAAGAAGCUCUGCUAUGCGCAUUUGCAACAUGUCAUCGGAAUCGCGAACAAGUUUGAUACAUACAUACAGAAUGUCAAAGAGGGGUUCACAGAAGACCAACUCGCGAGAGAUGCGGGCUUCCGGUAA